GCAAUCUAGGGUUUGAAAGCGAGUGCUUAUUCUUGAAGAGAGAGAGAGUUUUAUCUUACGCAGCAGAAGAAGCAGCAGCAUCAGCAGCUCGAAGAUGGCCGUCGGGAAGAACAAGAGAAUUUCAAAGGGGAAGAAAGGUGGGAAGAAGAAAGCCACCGAUCCUUUUGCCAAGAAGGAUUGGUAUGACAUCAAGGCUCCUUCACUUUUUAGCGUCCGCAACAUCGGAAAGACUCUUGUUACCCGUACUCAGGGUACAAAGAUUGCCUCCGAAGGGUUGAAGCAUCGCGUCUUUGAAGUGUCUUUGGCGGAUUUACAGAACGACGAAGACCAUUCCUACAGAAAGGUCAGACUGAGAGCUGAGGAUGUUCAAGGGAAGAAUGUCCUAACAAACUUCUGGGGGAUGGACUUCACCACAGACAAGUUGAGGUCUCUGGUGCGCAAGUGGCAAACUUUAAUUGAGGCUCAUGUGGAUGUGAAAACGACCGACAGCUAUAGUUUGAGGAUGUUCUGCAUUGGGUUCACCAAGAAACGUCCCAACCAGCAGAAGAGAACCUGCUAUGCUCAAUCCAGCCAGAUUAGACAGAUUCGAAGGAAAAUGAGAGAGAUAAUGGUGAACCAAGCACAAUCAUGUGAUCUGAAGGAUUUGGUCCAGAAAUUCAUUCCCGAAUCAAUUGGCAGAGAGAUUGAGAAGGCAACAUCAAGCAUCUAUCCCUUGCAAAAUGUUUACAUCCGCAAAGUGAAGAUCUUGAAGGCUCCCAAGUUUGAUCUUGGCAAACUAAUGGAGGUUCAUGGAGAUUAUUCAGAAGACACUGGAGUGAAAGUGGACAGGCCUACCGAGGAGCCAGUGGCCGAAGAAGCUGUUGUGGUGGGUGCUGAGUAAAGAGUCACCUUUUUCCGAUUCUCUAUUUCUUUUUUUCUUUCUUUUGUCAGGAUUUUUUUUAUUAAUUUUUUUGACAGUAGUUCUAUUGAUUGAUUGGAGCAGUGGAAAUAUGAUGACAUUUUUUUUUUGGAUAUUUUAUUUUGUAAGUUAAAAAAAGAUUUUGAUAGGAGUAAGAUAAAGAAAGUUGAACUUGCACCUAGAAAUUGUAUUUUUGUUAAAAGAAAAUUGUAUGUUUAGUAAAAUAAGUGCCAGUUUGAUUGAGCUUA